AUGCUUCAAACAGUCUAUCAAGCUUUCAACAAUGCAGUGGAGAGAGGACAGCUACACACGGUGAGGAGAAUCUACGAGUUUAUAUCCGUGCACCAUGACAAUGAAUUUGAUCUGUGCCUGUUCAAAUCUAUCGAACAUCCAUUGAGAGAUGGUCAUUUGGAGUUGGCACUCUUCAUCCUUGACCUAUCAUAUGUCGAGAAGGGCGAAGGAGAGAUAUGCGUUCGAGAGAUCCAUCAAUCGAUACUGUCAGUUGGCUUGUUGGAGAAGGUCAUGUCACACACAGAGUUGGAGUGCACUUUCGAUUAUGUGUUGGCCAACGCGAUACUCACUGGCAAGAAGGAUGUGAUCAACAUGAUGGAGAACAACAGGACUGGUGUGUUCAAGAACAACUAUCAAUAUGCACUUGGUGCCGCAGCCACUGUUGGUGAUGUGGUCAGUGCCACAAUGAUCAUGGACAAGCACAAUCAUCAUUGUUUACCAAUCAAGUACUUGAGCAAUGAUGGACUACUUGAUAAGAGUAGAGAAGAUAGUGAUAGUGACAAUGAUGAUGAUAACAAUGAAGGUUUCAUUGAUGAUUGGUCAAAUAUUCAUCCAGAUGUCGCUCAUGUAAUCGUUCAAAAGAUUGGAAUUGACUACUCAAGCCAACUCUGCAACAUCAUUAAGUCUCAUACCAAUCAACAGUUUGUUCGUGCAGCUGUCCUAUUGUGGCUUCCAAAUCGCGAUAGCCUUAAUAACAUGACGCUGUUGGAGUGUGCCGCCAAUCAAUCAUUUCAAACAUUCAAGUUGGUUCAUGAACUACUCGGCAACAUUAGAUUGACUCCUUAUGAAGCCUUUUCGAUCAUCAAAGUAUUGGGGAGCAAAACCAAUGUUGAGACCAUCAGGUACAUUGUAGACCUUGCACAAGCCUCAAGAUCAGAGAUAUCAGAUCGUUUCUCUUCCCUCAAAUAUGGUUUAGAGGAGAUCAUCAACCAAGAUCCAGAGGUAUUCGCCCUGCUGUUUGACUGUGGCGCAUUUCCUGAGCCAGAAUCACACAAUAGCGUGCUCAAUUUGAUUGACACGGCCUGUGCCACAGGAAACAUGGACAUGAUUAGAUGUAUUGAACAAAGAUACAACAACAACAACGACUUUACAAAGCGUAACUAUCUGUUUGUUCCAUCAUUCUUCUCAAUGGUUCUAGCAGCUAGAGGUAAUCAUCACCAUGUUCUCAACUAUCUCUUCUGCGAUGAACAAUCAUCAUACAGCCAAGUGAUGAUCAAACAUCCCACUCACUUCAUUCGAGUUCUCAAGAGAGUCCAACACGAAGCAUUCACCAAAGGAAACAUGAAAGUGAUCCGAAUGACUGCUAAACGAAUCAAUCAACUCCUAUCCAAUUCAAGAAUAUCCAUCAAAUAA